AUGCCCGUCGCCACGCCCCCCUCAGCAAUGUUGUCUUCAGAUCCAGACCAGUGGAUAGCCCACCUUCGCAAAUGUAAUCACCUCCCCGAACGCCAGAUGAAGCUUCUCUGCCACCGAGUUCGCGACCUCUUGAUGGAAGAAUCCAAUGUCCGUCUUGUGCAAUCUCCAGUGACUGUCUGCGGGGAUAUUCAUGGGCAAUUUUGGGAUGUUCUGGAGAUUUUCAGGCAGGGCGGAGAAGUCCCGGAAACGGCUUAUAUCUUUAUGGGAGACUUUGUGGAUAGAGGAUACUACAGUCUUGAGACUCUUUCGUUAUUACUGGCGUACAAGGCGAGAUAUCCCGACAAGAUCACAUUAUUACGAGGAAAUCACGAGUCUCGUCAAAUAACGCAAGUCUAUGGGUUCUAUGACGAAUGUAUGCAAAAAUACGGCAAUCCCUCAGUAUGGAAAGCUUGCUGUACCGUUUUUGACCACUUGAACCUCGCUGCCAUCAUCGACUCUUCGAUAUUAUGUGUUCACGGCGGAUUGUCCCCUGAUAUCCGGACGCUCGACCAGAUCCGAACACUCUCGAGAGCCCAGGAGGUGCCUCACCAGGGCGCGUUCUGUGAUCUGAUGUGGUCGGAUCCAGACGAGGUUGAUAGUUGGAGCGUGAGCCCGAGAGGGGCAGGAUGGUUGUUUGGGGGCAAGGUUACGGAUGAGUUCAAUCAUGUCAAUGGGCUCACUCUAAUAGCGCGAGCGCAUCAGUUGGUCCAGGAAGGGUACAAGCACAUGUUCAACGACGCACUUGUUACCGUGUGGUCUGCUCCCAAUUAUUGCUAUAGAUGUGGAAAUGACGCAAGUAUAAUGGUGGUGGAUGAUGAGGGCAAGACGAGUUUCCGAGUGUAUGGUGCGGCUAGGGAGAAUGUGACGGACAUGAAGAAUCCUGCCAUGCGGAGAGUCGGCGCACCAUCAUACUUCGUUUAA